AUUACGUCUCAGUACCCUUCGGGAAAUGACGGAUGGAAAUUUUGAGAAAUUGAUGAUAGGAAUAAGGGCAAUUGUGGCUGAACGGUUACAAGCCUCAUUGCUCUGGAAUGAUAUAUUGGACAACUUGACUUUUCCU